GGUCUUAAUGCCGCCCUGUUCCACGAGAACAAAGACCCCCGGACCUUCGUGUCGUUGGUUCCUACCUCGGCCCACAGCGGCGACGGGAUGGGGAACCUGAUCGCCCUAUUGGUCGAGCUCACUCAGACCAUGCUCGCACGCCGCCUGGCGCACUGCGACGAGCUGCGAGCGCAGGUCAUGGAGGUCAAAGCGCUGCCCGGGAUGGGAACCACCAUCGAUGUGAUCCUGAUCAACGGCUGUCUGCGGGAGGGAGAGACCAUUAUCGUGCCGGGGGUGGAGGGACCAAUCGUAACGCAGAUCAGAGGGCUGCUGCUGCCCCCCCCUCUCAAGGAGCUGCGAGUAAAGACGCAGUACGAGAAGCACAAGGAGGUGUCGACGUCUCAAGGUGUGAAGAUCCUGGGGAAAGAUCUGGAGAAAACGCUGGCAGGGCUCCCCCUGCUGGUCGCUCACCGGGAGGACGAGAUCCCCGUCCUCAGGGAUGAACUGGAGCGAGAGCUCAAACAGACUCUGAGCUGCAUCAAGCUGGAGGAGAAGGGAGUUUACGUCCAGGCUUCAACGCUGGGCUCUCUGGAGGCUCUGCUGGAGUUCCUCAGGACAUCCAAAGUCCCUUACGCGGGCAUCAACAUCGGUCCGGUUCAUAAGAAGGACGUGAUGAAGGCGUCGACGAUGCUGGAGCACGACGUACAGUACGCGGUGAUCUUGGCGUUUGACGUGAAGGUGGAGCGGGAGAGUCAGGAGAUGGCCGACAGUCUGGGAGUUCGGAUCUUCUCGGCCGAGAUCAUCUACCAUCUGUUUGACUCCUUCACCAAGUACAGGGAGGACUACAAGAAGGCCAAGCAGGACGAGUACAAGAACAUCGCGGUGUUCCCGGUGAAGCUGCGAGUCCUCCCCCAGUUCAUCUUUAACUCCAGAGACCCCAUCGUGAUGGGGGUCACCGUGGAGGCCGGAGUCCUCCGGCAGGGAACGCCGCUCUGCGUCCCCACCAAAGGGGUAAGACACGCCCAAAUUAUAAAUUAUGAAAAUAAAAUCACUUUUUCUGGUGAUUUGGGGAGUUAUUUUAUGUCUCUGGUGCUCCAUACAAACUUUGAAUAAAUCCAUCCAUGGUGUUCUGAGUGAGAUCUGGUUUCUGAGUGGGUCUAGGGGGCUAACCGUUAGCAUGCUAGCUCGUUCUCAACGGCAAAGCACCGCUACAACUAGUGCACAAUAUAAAUGUAGUUAAUUAACCAUCUGUAAAACUGAGUUUC